UGACAAUUAUUAAUAUAACUAAUUAAUGCUGUAUCAGCACCUAAAUCGAUCCCCAAGCUUACUCUCAGACGAGAACUUGUUCUUCUCUCAAUAUAAAAGAAUUUUCAUGUAAAACUAACAAAAAAAAUAGCCUUGUGAGGACCAGCCAAAUUCCUGUCAGCUGCUCAGAUAUACAUAUCCUUGUGGGGACAUUUGGUCCCCAUUAGGAUAUCAAAACAGACACACACACACAGGCAGAGAGAGAGAGAGAGAGAGAGAGAGAGAGAGAUAUUAUAAGGACAGACAGGUCCUCACACAGCAGCAGUGUGUCUGUCUUCUCACGAGGACGUUUCACCAGGACCCGAUUUUAAUGCAGCUGUGAAACCGGGGACCGCAAACACACACACACACACACACACACCCGCGCGCGCGCUCUCGGUCGCUCGCUCUCUGCGGCAGUAAUCAUCGGAGAUAACGGGUUUGUAGGCGUGCACUUGAGCGUGUUCCGGAGCUGACGGCAGAAUCGCGACAUUGUUUUGUCCUCGUUGUUGACUCAAAGCGAUCGGGACUGAAAGAGAAAACCGCAAAACCGAGAGAGAAACAGCGCGCGCGCAGGAAAGCAGUCUCGGCACGAGUUGAACGAAGCAGCGCCUUUUUUUUUUUCUUUUCUUUUUUUUUUUUGCAGCACGAGCCCUGACUUCAGACUGACUCAGGCUUGAUUGACGGCUGGCUCGGUGGGAAAGAGACCUUGAGAGAAAGAUAGCGUCAGGGAAAGCGCUAUCGGGUUUCGUCUCGUCUUUCACAACAUGGCGUCCACGCACACCCACACAAUGGCAGAGAGAAAGUACUGGAGUUGACUUUUUGUUCAUUAGCACAUCGCCGGCUUAAAGCCUUCAAUGUCCUCUCGUAGCAGCAUCAGUCCUCGGGGCUGUGGAAGGAACCAUUCAAGCGGCUAUUUUUAGAGAAAGAACGGCUGCUAGAACUUUUUCAUGUCUGUUCGUGAGCCUAGAGGCCAUGGCACGGCCCUUGCUGAAGAUCCAGCGUUAUUUCCGCCGCAAACCUGUGCGCUUCUUCUCCUUCAUCCUCCUCUACCUCACAGCCGGCAGUCUCGUCUUUCUCCAUUCGGGCUUCUCGGGAGAUUCGGGCUCCGGCGGUGGACACGGCCCGUUAGCCUCAGUUGAGGGGGGCAUGGCUACGUCCACUGAGGGCUUCGUGAGGAGGGCAUUUAGUGACAUGCGAACCACACGGAGGUUUGGGCUCACCUGGACGAAAGCAAGAAUCAGCAAAGAACCCGAAGAGGCCAGAGCAAAGUUCAUCGGCUGCUAUGAAGAUGACACCCACAAGAGGGCGCUCCGAGGCAUCUCCUUCUUCGACUACAAAAAGAUGACUGUCUUCCGCUGUCAGGAUAACUGUGCUGAAAGGGGCUACUUAUAUGCUGGCCUGGAGUUCGGGGCAGAGUGUUACUGCGGUCACAGGAUCCAAGCGGCGAAUGUUUCAGACAGCGAGUGCAACAUGCAGUGUAAAGGGGAGAAGAGCAAGAUGUGUGGAGGAGCAAACCGCCUUUCCAUCUACAGACUGGAACUGAGUCAGGAGUCUGCACGGAGAUAUGGAAGUGCCAUCUUUAAAGGCUGUUUCAGGAGACCAGACAAUGUCACGCUCGCACUUCCUGCUGCUGCUGUUAUUCAGAACAUGUCCGUAGACAAGUGUGUGGACAUGUGCACAGAGAAGGAGUUUUCUCUGGCUGCUUUAGCUGGGAUUAAAUGCCACUGUGGUUUUCCCACCACCCUCUUCACCCUGCACGAGCCUGAGGAAGAGGACCUGUGCCUUAAUCGCUGUGCAGCCGAGGACUUCGAGAGCUGUGGAAAUGACGAAUACUUUGUAGUUUACCAAACUCAAGUGCAAGACAAUCGAUGUAUGGACCGGCGGUUCCUGCCCACGCGUUCGAAAAGGCUGACGGCUUUAGCGAGCUUCCCUGGAGCCGGGAAUACUUGGGCUCGACACCUCAUCGAGUUGGCUACAGGGUAUUAUACAGGGAGUUACUACUUUGAUGGUUCACUAUACAACAAGGGUUUUAAAGGCGAGAGGGACCACUGGCGCAGUGGCAGGACAAUUUGCAUAAAGACGCACGAGAGCGGCAAGAAAGAAAUCGAGGCCUUCGACUCCAGCAUCCUGAUGAUCCGCAACCCCUACAAGGCUCUAAUGGCUGAAUUCAACCGCAAGUAUGGCGGCCAUAUCGGAUUCGCUUCUCAGGCCCACUGGAAAGGAAAAGAAUGGCCUGAGUUUGUGAAGAACUACGCACCGUGGUGGGCGUCACACACCCUCGACUGGCUCCGGUACGGUAAAAACGUGCACUUGGUGCACUUUGAAGAGCUGAAGCAUGACCUUUUCACCCAGCUGAAGCACAUGGUUCUCUUUCUGGGCCUUGACGUUUCAGAGGAUCGGCUGCUGUGCGUCGUUGCGCAAAAAGAUGGAAACUUCAAGCGCUCGGGCCUCCGAAAACUCGAGUAUGACCCGUACACACCGGAGAUGCGGGAAAAGAUUGAUGAUCUGAUACGCAGUGUGGACGUUGCUCUCAAACUGAGGAACCUUUCUGGGGUUCCAGAUGAUUAUAGACCGAGAUGAUACAAAAUCACCCUAUUUCCUUAUCUGGUUGUUUUUGUUUCUGUAGUUUCUUGCUUUGUUCCUGAUGAAAAAAAAAACACAGUUUCCUUAUUUUUUGUCACACAACCAAAAGAGAUCUUUAAAAGGAGGAACAUUAAGAACACUAAACCAGCACUUUGAGUUAGCAGAUACUGAAGGAAGAAAGGUUCCUGAAGGUCACAUGACAUGUGAAGCAAGACAAUCGGAGACUCUAGGCAACUUACUAUGAAGGAUAUAGUGGGUUAAGCAUUUUUUUUUUAUGUGAUGCCACUGUGUGUGUGUGUGUGUGUGUGUGGGUGGAUGUGAAGUCAUGUGAUCAUGUAUCGAUCACAUUAUGGCACUAAGUGAUUUAACGAAGUGUGAUUUUAACCACAAUUCAUCAGUAACAGUUCUUCAAUAGCAAACAGGAGAUGUGUUCUGCAGAAACAUUGAACAUUUUAUGGUGAAAAUUGAAUUGCCACAAUUUGCCAAUUUGCAAGAGGAAUUAAGGAGGAAGCAAAGAAAAACCUACACAAAAUUUACACAUGGAAAUAAUCAGAUCAUUGUGUCCAUAACCUUGAUUAAUUCUAAGAAUUGGCUUACAGUUAAUGUUAUUCUUAUCUUAGAAUCGUUCUGUGAAUUUAGUGGCAGGAUGUGGUUUUGAACCGAAGUACAAUAUUAACAUCAUUUUUUAUUUUUAUUUUUUUAUUUGCACUGUGAAAAUGAGGAAACUGGUUAUAAGGAACUGGAGACAAAAAAAGACAUUCUAAUGUUUUGUUUAAUUUUAUUUUAAUGUAAGGAGAAAUAGUCAUUCCACACAGAAAUAUGUUUAUACUAAGUUCAGCCCAUAAAGCGUAACUGAUAUGGUUAAUACACUGUUUAAUAAAAUUAGAGUAUGAAAAAAAUCACAAGAUCUCGGAAGGGACAGCCCAAGACGUUAAAAAUACAAUUUAAAUAAUAAUAGUUAGAAAUUCACCUUGUUUUACUUGUGAUCCUAAAUUUACUGAUAGAACUUACUAAGAACUGUCAUGAUAUUAUACUUCAUUUUAUGUUACCAAACACAAAACAGGUCACGAAUUACUGAAGUGACCGAAUUCUUUUAAAGCCACAAGUCUAUAUAAUGAGGACACAGAUUAUACGUAACGUGAGCCAGCAACUUAUUUUAGUGCACAAUAUAUCAGUAUGUAUUACAUGGCCUAGUCAGUUAUUCAUUACAGUGUGGCCAGUAAAAGUAAAAUGAUCUUAUCUCUGUCAUGUUCAGACCUAUGGUCACAGUGGUCUCUCCAUCAUAUUCGUUCAUGGCCACAAAACAGAUUUGAGAAUCUGGUUUUAGAGGUUUUACUGCAUUUCUGUAUUUUUUAUUAUUAUUUAUGCCCAAAACAAUUAAUGAUGUAGAAUAAGAAUCAUGUAUAUAGUUCUUGUAUACUAUAUACUUGUAUAGUAUAUGGCAGAAGGUUUGAAACACACCUUCUGAACACUUCCUAUGAACCAGACUUCCUCUCUGCUUUCUAUUUCUAGACUCUCUCUCUCUCUCUCUCGGUGAAAGCACUUUGCAAGACUACUUGGUUUUGAACAAUAUUGUGAAAGGUGAUAUUGAGGGUUUUGUCCUCCCUUUGGAAAUAACAGACUGUUGUUAUUAAGUCCAAAAGCAAAGAAAAAUGGCUUAAAAUGCUGCGCAAAAGGCGUCUUCUUCAGACCAUUGAAAAACUACAGACUUGGAUAUUCGAACAGUGCAUGACUUCUAUGAUUAACCACAGAUUUUAUUUGCACCUCAUCUCACUGCUUUGUGUUUCCAUUACACUACUCUGUCACAGUAACAACCUGUUCAUUAUUUUACUGUUACCAUGACAGUGUGUGCCUUUGACAUUAUAGGCCUCAUUUACCAAAGUGAAUAUGUGCUAAUUUAUUCGUAAAGCAUGCGCAAGAACAUGUACAGGAGGAGGUAGAUUACACGUAAGGGGCUUCACAAAUGUGAAACGUAUUUGAAUAUACAGUAAUUAUACAUAUACAGUAAUUGCUAAUGAGCUACUACACGUUUAUAUUUUGAUCACACUGACAAUGACACACAGAUUAAAUGAACACUUAUUUCAUGUUUCAUAUCAAAAUCUUAUUUUACAUUAAUGUUUUGAAAAGAUGGAAUCCAAAAGCAAUGAAGCAAAUUUCAAAUAAGACAUUUAAUUAAGACCAAAGUAACGGUGCCUUAUUAAAGGAGGAAGAAUUAGUGUGUAUCUGUGGCAAUUGCAAUGGCUGAGCUGCAUUAUUGGAAUAUUUAAGAGGCACCUUUUCACAGUUUAGUUGUAAUUUUUGACCAGUGAACUUUCUGUCGAUGGCUUUAAAUGUAAAUCAGCUGAACUGUGAAUGCACAUGGUACUUUAUUGACAUGCGCAUGAGUGUGAUGAAAAUUGUUAAAGCUUUUAAUUAUGGGGGAUUUUUUUUUUUUUUUUAAGUUCGGUUAGGCCUAUUAAAACAUUUACACACUAACUUUACUAAACAAUUUGUUUAAUCAGGCUUAUUGGUUGUAAGUUUAAGAAGUGUGGUUUCUCCUCGAGCUUUAGAGUUUUAUACGUUUAAGAAAUGGUUAAUUGAGCAGCUCGUAGAAUGGCCACCUUUUGCUGAAUUUCUGCUACACAACCUGCUGUAGUUCCUCUGCACCUUUUCAUACACCAUGGAGCUUUUUCAGAGCAGUACUCACAGCUUGCAGCACUUUCACACAACCCUGAAAAAUCCAGUAAAAAUCCCUGAACAGUUCUGAAAUGUGUGUGCUGAAGUGUGUUGUAACAGAGCCAACAAAUUUGUAUUUUUAUCUUAAAGCCUAUUAGGCCAGUACAUUGUUCCAGAUGUACUACUCCUGCAGUCUAUUCUGCCCUCUGAAUUUGUAUUUGCUCCUCAAAUUAAAGCAGUCCUGGUUGUAUAUGUGUGAGUGGAACCUGAAUACGUGAACACAACCUAAACUUGAAUAUUUAUACAAUUAAUUGUGUGAUUUGCUUUCUGUUGAAGGUGAAAAACAUAUGCUAGGCUUUUUUUUUUUUUGAAUAAAAAGUUCCUUAUUUGAAUUACAUUGCAAAUAUCCCCUUCUGUUUCUUGCAUUCACAUUAGCUAGCCACAAUCAUGCAAGAAAGGGAAACUGAAUAUUGCUUAAAAUCAACAUGAAAUGACACACCAAGCAUUGCUUCCAGUACACAGAUAUUUUUGUAAGGCAUUAUUUAUAUUUGUAGGACGAGAAAGAGAGGUAAAAUUGGAGAGGUUGCUCCAAUUUUUUUCUCUGACAGAUCCUCAGAACCCCAGUCAAGAUGAAUGUAUUUUCACUCGAAUGAAUGUAAAUUAUUGCAGACAACUUAUUAAUGAUGACUACAAGCUGUGUGAUGUUGAUUCUUUUUGUUGUUUUUUUCCCCGCUGUACACUAUGUAACUGUGGACAGACCUGGCUUUCAUUUCCUUGAAAAGUGUAAAAAAAAAAAAAUGUACAACUAUUUUUGUACUUGCCUGAUUGAGGCUCAUACUGUACGGGUCCUCGAUAAUAAACAGCUCUAA